UAUUUUUGUAUAAUUUUUUUAAUUAAUUCCUUGUAAAAAGGGAGAAUUGUGCUUUUAGAGGCAUUUACUUUAGAGGAGUACAACAUCUACCUUAUUUCCAAAGACCUAACAGGUUGAGAUCAUCAUUGCGGUGGCUUGCCACCUCUUUGUAAAUUAUUUUCUCUCAGAGAAUAGUUAUAGUUCCAAGUUGGGCAGUACUCAUGCUUGUAAUAAGCAAGAAAGUGUACUCAGCACCUCCUGGGAGCCUAAUCCCAAUUUUAUUUACAUCCACCGUCCCUGUAGACAAAAUACUUCAGUGCAGUUUGCUGUAUUGUAAACCUUUUUAUUUCACGCAUACAUAUCGUUACUGUUAUUUGCCCAGGAUUACCUAUUAAGGUUCUAAUGAUACUGUUAUCAAUGAGGGUCCUGUGAAAAGCGUCUAGUACAUUUAAAGCAUGGUAUUCUGGGUUGCCGCCACUGGUUUCCAAGUCUGCCUUUCUAAGGGGCGGUUUUUUGGUCAGUCCAGCUUUUUUGUUUCCAGGUGUACUGCUUUUCAGUCUUAGUCACAACCUUUCUAAGGGCUGGUUUUCAAGUCUACCUUUCUAAGCCCUGGGCUCUGAGUCAGUAGGUAUAAGCAACAAAAAUAUGAUUUGUAAUUGUCGACUCUUCUUUUUCCAAUGUUUAAUAAAGUUAUUGGUUUUGGCGGAUGGUGUCAAUGAAUGUGGCUGGUGUCUUACAGGAGGCAGGGGAUGCUUACUCAAGGGGCCGUGCCAGAUCCCAAGCAUGAGUAAAUUUCACCAAUCCUCAUGUUUCCACAUUCAUAGGUCUUUAUUUCAGUACAGCCGAAAUCAAUUAGCUUUUCGGUCAUCCCUGUAAAGGGGAGAAAACAGAAGUUUUCCAGUUGCUUCUUAAAAGGCUAGUUAUAUCUGCAUUGCGAUGUAAUUACUCCUUUUCUCUCUCCCAUUAGAGCUACGUAAGGCAUGCAAGUACAACAGUUGCUCAAGAUACAAUGCUAUUCUCCUGCAAAAACGAUCAAUCUACACUUUUAUAGCUUCUGCCAUGGCUCGGACCGUGCUUAAACCGAAGACCUUCCGCAUCGCUCUGUCAUAAAGCCCACAGUUGGUUAGAUACUUUGGUUAGUUCUAUGAAAUUAAUGCCAGUAAUAAAAGGCAGAGCGCAGCUCUUGCAUUUUCUUUAUCUAAUGUUCCAGAACUUUGGUUAAAUCUUCUUAAAGUGGGACUGUUUGGGGUUUUCUCAGAUUAUCUGUCUGUUGUGCUUAGCCUGUAAGUAGCAUCUGCAAAAAAUAUUGCUUCCACUUCUUCCAAAAAACUAACAACCUGCCAACUCAUUCUGCUUCCUCAUCUUUACCUUUAUUAAACAAGUAGAACUGCAAUAAUUGUGCUGCUCGUUUGAUCAGGUAAUAAAGAUUUCCCUUCAAACCAGCAUUCAUGUCAUUCCUGCUGCUUUUUCUGUACUCGAUGGAACUUGCCAGACAGUCAAAAUUCCGCCAAUUGGACAUGUCACGACUAUCCUUGUGUUCAUGUAACACAUCUUUACUUUAAAGUGGUUAUAAAAAUGAGCUAUUCGCCUCAUGUACCUGUCUUACAGCCCUCGACACCCCAAACUUUUGUCCUUCUUCCCUUUCAAUUGCCAGAAAAAUCGAGAUGCGAUGUGCAUGACUUGUCAGUUCGACAUAUCUUCCCAAUACUGUUUUUUCUACCUGUCUUACAGCCCUCGACACCCCAAACACUUUGUCCUUCUUCCCUUUCAAUUGCCAGAAAAUCGAGAUGCGAUGUGCAUGACUUGUCAGUUCGACAUAUCUUCCCAAUACUGUUGUUUCUAAAUUUUGCAACAAUUCUGUCCAAAAAAAACAAGAUUGUAGUUUUCAUGCUCCUCCACUUCAAGUAAUGACAGUGGAACAGACCAUUUGUCAUUGCAGUGCAUUUCUUUUAAAGGGGCACUCCAGUGAAAAAAAAAUAUUUGAAAAAAAUGUUAUUUUUAUAAGACAAUACAUAAAUAUGUCAAAAUAAACCUUUUACAAUCGUUAAAAAUCUUUAUUUAUACCUUAAUCGCGUCCGUAAACAUCUUCAAUUUCAAAUAAAUUUGCAAGGUCGCGUAAAGUCGAGAGGACUAGGUCCGAAUAAAUUAGCAUACGUCACAUCGUGCAAAAAGUCCGUGAGCUCAGCAGCAAGCCUUCUAAAAGUUUUGUUUACUUACUGUUUACAUUGUUCGUUGAUAAGAUGUCUUGUAAUAAUGACGAAGAAUAUAACUUAGAAAGCUCAGAAUCGGAUAAUUCUCUUCAUGAAAAAGACUUUACAAAGCUACAGCCAUACGAAUUUGAACCUCUUGUGUCUGACGAGGAAGAAGUUAGUAACGGUGUAGAAAAUGACGAGGUUUCUUUUACUGAUGCAGAGCCACGUACGGGUAAUGCAAAUUGGUGUGAAUGUGGAAAUUGUAGAGCAAUGGAAACCGAUACUGAAAGCGUGUGCUGUGUCGAGUCAAACGAAAUUCCUGAUGAGUUUUUCCAAGGUCAUAAAUGCGUUACAGAAGCUGCUGAUUUUCAAGUGGUUGUUUUGACAAAAGCUGUUUUAGAAACUGCGUUAUCUGCAUUGCAUGAUUUGAGAGGAGACACUUUAGAAUUAAAAAAUGAAUCUUAUCGUUACGCUGGUUAUAAACAGUUCACUUGGUGGAUACACAGUCGAUUGGGAAAAGGGGUGAGAAGAGUGAUUCCUUCUUGUGUAGUAUGGGCAAUUCGAAGAAAAUAUCCGGCAGAAGAUGAAAAAUAUGUUUUAUUCAAAGAAAGUUGAAUAAAAAUAAAAAAAUAAAAAAGUCACGUUUUAAAUCUUGUCCUGAUGGCUUUAAUGGCAUCGCUUUUGUCGGGUUUUUCAACCUCUGUUAUUCUUUCAGCAAUUUCUCCUGUUUGUGGUAACUUAUCUUUUUCGUUGUCGAUUGGUUCCAAAGUAGCCGUCAUUAAUUCUGCUAAAUACGCCUUUUCUUUCUUCUCGGUAAUUUUUUUUACGACCCAGGAUUGUGUUACUCGUGAAAAGACUUGUUUAUAGCGGAGUACUCCUUUUUUGGUAACAGCCUGUUCACAAUUAGUCCCCGAGUUAAAAUCAAGGACAGCCAGCUGCGUGCGCGCGAUCAUACCUUCCAUGCUGAAAUGAAUACGUUUCGGGCAAUAUUUGGUAAGCAAAGAAUGGAAUACCUCUAGGCUUCCCGUAUGGCAAAAGUGCGCCAAAUAGUUCAUGUCGGCAAGAGUUUUUUUAUUUUGCACAAUAGUCUCCACUGCUUCAUAUGCAGGUGAAUUCAACUUUAACCAUUUGCGUUGCUGGUCUAAUGUGGGGUGCGCACAUUCAUGGAAAUAUUCAUUGCCUUGCCAAGAGUGGAUUCCACGAAUAUGAUAAAGAAUGCUAAGCCACCUUUCACGUAAAACGUUUUCAUUUUUGUCGCAUGAAGCGCAGCACCACCAUAAAUGAUUUAUAAUGGAUUUGAUCCAAGGUAUCAGCUCAAGACAUUCUUUGCGCUUCGCAGCAGCAGUCAAGCUUUUUUUCAAGCUUUUUCCAAAGUGCCAAACGUCGAACUGGUGGUUUAUCUCAGGAUGUUCUUUCUUCAUGAAUGCGCGGAUUUGAACAUGGCGAUCUGUUGUUAAUGCUGAAACUGUCACUUUGUGGUCACGCAGCUUAUUUAGUAGCGUUACUAAUCCCCACUUCUCCAUUCGACUAGAAUUCCCUGCAGUUCUAACAUGAACAACUUGAAAGUCGAUGAUUUUAUUGAUGUCUACGCUCAUUAGAGUGUACGUACCAUACUUUGCACUGUAACCUGGAGAGUCACUUCGCCCAUCACCAAUCAAAUUCCCUUCUUUCGCAGCGCACUCAGAAUAAAUGUUAUUUCGAUAUUUUUUAUAAAAAGUGUUUAAUUUUGGAAAAAGAACGGACCUUUGAAUAUCAUAGAAGGUGGACUUAGAGAUAAACUGAAGCCUCAAAAUACUCAUCAUUUCGGCAAUGCGGGCGUAUGUGUUUCCGGAAUACAAUAUGGCUGCAGAAAGUAAUAAGUUCCCUGCUGCUCUUCCAUUUACGAUAGGUUGAGACUGCCAGCUGAAAACAUGUUUAUUUGGACAAAUACUAGUAACAAUGAUAAGAGUUCCACGUUUUACCACACGAGUAAUGCACGUUUUUUGUAAACACGUGAAACAAACUUGAAAUAAUGUCAACAGACAAGACCAGAAAACAAGAAAUUGUGCGUCGCUUUUGAGCCCUGGGUUACAUUCAGCAGUGUCAAAAGACUCUUCUUCGCUGAUAUUUUCAUCAUAACUGUCGUCGAUGUGAAUUUGUAAUUGCGGUGAGUAUAAAGAAUCAUCAGAAGGGCACUCAUUACCAGAGACGAUAUCAUGAUCACUUUCCAUAUUUGCAUUCAGCAAGAAUGUCACGUCAGCUUGCGGAGGAAAGGAUAGGUCGGUGUUAGUAGACUUACAUCGUCCGUGCGGAAGAGUAAAUUUCACUUUUAAAACAUCCUUCGUUGGUUGUAUCUCAGGAUGAAUUGCCUCUAAGGGAUCACAUUGUGUUCUAACGGACCUGGUAAAAGUAUUGGCACCAACCGAUUUCUCUACCGUUUCCACAAUUGCACUAACGCCUUGUUCCUUAACCAAUGAAAUUAUUUCUUGUUCAGCGUAUACUUCAAGGUCAACAUCAUCCUCCACACUUAAAGCCUUUGCAACACACUAGAAAAAAAAUGAUCAGAAUAACUUCCAAGAAAAAAGACAGGCACAACUCACAUUUUGGCAAUAGCAUAAAUUUUAAAAACACACUUGUUUUUUAGCGAAAGUUUCCAAUCUUUUUGAUGUCGAUUCUCUUGAAUUUUCAGGCUUACUAAAAGAAAAAAUUGUUGGAACAGCAUCCUCGGUCAGCUGUCUCUUUCUUUUGAUACCAGUAAGUUCAGCCUAAAUAAACAAAGAUUAGAAGUAGCGCCGAUGAAAUGAUGCUAAUAAAAUGGGCACAUUUACCCCCUGAAAAUAUUCGGCAGGUCCUUCCAUCAAAAAGCUUCUUUUUUGAAAAACAAAGAAUAGAAACUUACGAGCGCUACGAAAGAUACAUGUCUAACUAGAUAACUUUGUAUUGGAAAUUGGUAUAAUGUUCUUUUAUAAUAUAAAUAUGUAGAAAACGUUAUUUGGUUGUGUUGUGGAUAUAAGUACAAAUAAUGAAAUGAAGAAGAAAUGAGAAACUUUGAUCGCGUUGACUAGCUAAAAUGGCAUUUUUACGAAGUGGCAAUAUUUUAAUAUGGAAGAUUAUUACCUGGAGAUCCCUUUUAAAAGAACUAUCUGUGAAGUGCGACGAACAAAUAUAAAAACUUCGAUCGCUUGGUAGAUCACCUGUACGACGUAUUUUGUUUAGCCAUUUUUGUCUGAGUUCUUUCUUUUUCACAGACGGGAUUCUGUGAAAACUGACUUCUUUACACUUUUCUGAUCGAUUGGUACAUCCAAACGCAGAGCAACUAACCAUUUUUUAAAGAUUUAAACGUAAUUUACAUACAAAAAGCGAUUUAAAUGUAAGCCAGAGGUCUUAACAUGAACGUUCUCUGCGCUCGCUUAAACUUUCUGCACGAUGUGAUGUCAUUGUUUAUAAUCGGGUCCAGUCCUAAAUGAAAUCGCGCCUGUCUGUUUUUUUAUAAGAAAAAAAUUGAAUAUGCGAAGGCUAGUACAACGAUUUUAAAUAAGGAAAACAAGUGAAGUAAGUUUUUUUUGAUUUCUUAUGCUUUUCUGAGUACGUAUAAAACAAAAAAGAAAAAAGUGAUUUUUACUGGAGUUCCCCUUUAAUGUCUGAAGUAAUUUUCCUUAAUAACAUUAACAUCACAAUGGCUGCAGCGAGACGAAGGUUUGUCUUUUUUGUUAUCUUGUUUACUUCCAUAUUUGGAAGAAUCAUUUGCUGAUUGUUCUUUGUUAAACAAUACAAUGUCUUUUUUUCGAAUUGUUGAAUCUUUGGCAAUUUCAAUGCAUACGUUUUUGUUGUUGUGAUGUUUCUUUUUAAAUGUCUACUCAAUUUUUAUCUCAUUUUCAAACAUAAUGGGCCUAAUCGUUUGGGCCUUUUUGAUUCGCCCUGUUUCCUCUGAAAUGAGGGAAAAUUGAAAAGAAUAUUUUAAUAUUAACACCUUUUUAAAAAACAUCAGGAAAAUUGGGUUCGUUCCUAAUUCUGUGCAGUCUUGGCAACAGCCCGCUUGCUUGCAUCUAAGUAAUCACAGAUUUUGGGAGUUCAAAAUCUUUUUAAAUAAAAGUACUUACAGCUAAGUGUAAAUUUGAAACACCGAUAUUUUUUCCCUUAACUCUUUAAGUUAUUUCUUUUACUUUUUUUAUAAAUUAGCAAAAUUAUUUCUUACGACGUAUAUGUAGUCAAUUAACAAAAGUGUUGAGAAAUAUUCUUUUUUACAUUAUAUGCAUAUAAGUGUUAAUAAGUUACUGGAGCUCAAUAUUUAUAUUGAAAACCUAUUUUAUAUAGAGAACAUUAUGGCACAUACCUUUCAAUUUUGGAAAUUAUUGCACCAUUAUUUAGAACUGGUUAUUGGUCCGUGGAAAAAUCUACGGGUUCCCUUAUCCUGCAUUUUGUGUGGUUGGCUACUGCGCUACUAUUUUGGGCAGAGACUGUUAUUAGAUAGAGCUAUUAUUGGUGGUAAUUCUUUAAACAACGCAGUUUUGGAAGUGGUCAACUAUUAUCUUCUUUUGUGGUGUCUAUGGUUCUUCUUAUUCUUAUUCUUCGUUACUAAUAUAUUGUCAAAA